AUGCCAAAAGUGACUGACUUGUGUAGUAACAAACAUGGAUACGCCCAGCUCGUGCGCUCUUGCAGCAGCCCCAGAGAUCUCCAGCGUGCCAUCGCCAUCCACGCACAGAUCCAAGCCUCGCAGUUCAGGCACGACCGCUUCCUCGCCAAUCUCCUCGUUGAGAUGUAUGGCAAGUGCGGCAGUGUUGCGGAUGCCCGCCGCAUCUUCGACUCCAUCCCGGAUCCAAACAAGUUUUCCUCGACUCUCAUGAUCGCUGCUCACUCUCAGCACGGCCAAAUCGUCCAAGCCCGCGAUCUCUUUGAUCGAAUGCCCGAGAAGGAUACUGUCACUUGGAAUGGCAUGGCACGCGCUUAUGCCCAGCAAGGGCAUCUUGCCGAGGCCAAGGAGCUCUUCGAUCGGACCCCCCGCCGGGACGUGAUCUCGUGGACGACGCUGGUUCUUUACUUUGCACACUAUGGCCGGCUUGAGGAGUCGUGGAGAUCCUUCCACCGGAUGCCCAAGAGGGACACCAUGGCGAGUGCUACCAUGGUUGCGGCAUUUGCCCAGCACGGCCUUGUGGAAGACGCGAAGAGUCUCUUUGAUGGAUUGCCCGAGAAGAGCUUGGUCGCGUGGAAUUCACUCGUCCAGGGAUACGUCCAGGGGGGUCUUGACGAGGAGGCCACCGCGAUGCUAGAGAGGAUGCCCGAAUGGGACAUUGUUUCGUGGAACACGGCUCUACAGUCGUACGUGGAUUUGUGUGAUUUUGAUCGAGCGCGAGAUAUUUUUCGAAGGAUUCCGGAGAGGGACACCAUGGCUUCGACCGCGAUGAUCCAAGCAAAUGGCCAGAGUGGGCAUCUUGAUGAUGCGAGAAGGAUCUUUGAGGAGAUCAACUUCAAGGAUCUGGUGUCAUGGGCGACAGUGAUUGUGGCUUACGCCAACAAUGGCAAGAUUUUGGAAGCAGAAGAGAUGUUUAAGAAAAUGCCGCUGUGGAACCUUUGGUCGUCAACUUCCAUGAUGGGUGCAUAUGCCCAAAGAGGGAAUUAUUCCGAGGUUGAAAGGAUGUUUGCUUCCAUACCCGAUCGCGAUGUAAUUUGUUGCAAUCUCAUGCUUGAAUGUUACGCCCAAGAUGGAAAACUGAAAGACGCUAUCAAGAUCUUUGAGCGAAUGCCAAAGCAUAACGCACUGUCGUGGACUGGCUUUCUCCACACAUAUUCUCAAAAGGGGCAUUUUGACGAGGCCGAAAGGAUUUACAAGGAGAUGCCCCAGCGGCAAAUUAACGCUGCUAACACGCUGAUUGUGGGAUAUACCCAAUCUGGGCAUAUGGACAAGGCAAGGCGGAUCUUUGAGAACGUUCCAGAACACAACCCAUUGUCAUUAACAACCAUGAUGGGGGCAUAUGCCCAACGAGGGCAUAUAUCACAAGCCAAGUUCUUGUUUGACUCGUCCGUGGAGAAGAGCAGGGUGACCUGGAACUCGAUAAUGCAGGCCUACGUGAAAUCUGGCCAUGCAAAAGAAGCCCUUGAACUGUUUCAUGCCAUGGUUCUCGAGGGCCAUACGCCAAAUGAUAUCACUUUCAUUCAUGUUCUUAAUUGUUGCAGCCAUGCCGGAUGGCUGCUAAGUAGCAUAGACCACUUUCUGAUCAUGAGGGACGACUGGGGGAUUGCUCCCGUUGCUGAUCACUACUGCUGCGUGAUCGAUCUGUUUGGGCGUGCUGGGCAGCUCUGGAAUGCCCAAGAGAUUGUCAAGAGCAUGCCGGUGAGAAGAGACGAUGUAGCAUUUACCACUUUGCUUGCAGCAUGUAGUGUUGCGGGUGACUUGAAGUGGGCCGAGGGUCUUACAGAGUCUGUGGUCGAAAUGGAGGACAAGAACUCCGGAGCGUAUGCGUGGACGUGGGAGAAAUUGCAAAGGCUGCUGCCCAGCGCUGCCAGUCGGGGUGGUAUUGGUAUGACAAUACUUGUCACCGUUGCCAGAGGGGUUGCAACAAUCGUUGCUGGGGCAACUGAAACCGGAGGUUUCAGGAGGGUUGAGGGGAAAAGCUUGUUUCUCUUAGUUUGGGAGAGGCUUGGCGCCAAGGAAUCUGUAAAGGAAAUGGCAGAAGCAUAUGAAAGAGAUACAGAGGGUGGAGGAGGCUAUGAAUGUGGCACGGGCCACUCUGGAUUGCCGAUAAGCAAGAUCCUUUUUACUCUUGUAUCAAGCAAUUUCAGCUAA